CUCUUUAAUUCUAUUGUUUUGUGGUUGCAAAAAGGAGGAAAAUUUUGAACUCCAAUUCACCCCCUCUUGGAGUGCAUUGAGCCAAAAAUUGGUAUCAAACCAAGGGCUCCAAUUUGAAGGUUUAACCACCUAGGAGUUGAUCAGGGAUGGCUCAAUUUCAAACUUCUCAACCACUUGAAGGUUUCUCAACCACUUGAAGGUUUAUCUACCACUAAGCCUCCUUUCUUUGAUGGUACUGAUUAUAAUUAUUGGAAGAAUAGGAUGAAGGUCUAUAUGCUUGCAAAUGAGCCUAGGGGCAUGGAUCGUGACUAUGAAAGCUUGAGCUUUGUGUCCUGCAGAGCAUUUAAUGACCCCCAACGGCUAGAAACGGUUAUUUUCGAGCAAGGGGCUAUAAAUAUGGUUGAAGUGGUGAGGAAGGUUCUUAAAAGCUUGCCUAAGAAUUGGGAAGCCAAGAAGACCACAAUUGAAGAGUUUAAGGAUUUCAACACUUUCAAGCUUGAUGUUCUCAUUGGAAAAUUGAUGACAUAUGAGAUGGAUAUGCAAGUUGAUGGUGGAGUUGAAGUAGUUGAGAAGAAGAAAAAUGUUGCAUUCAAGGCUAGCAAACAAAAAGAAGAAAGUGAAGAUGAUGCUAGUAAUGAUGAGUCUAGCAAUGAAGAGGACAUCACCAAAUUGGUUUUAAAGGAAGCAAAGAAAUACAUGAAGAAGAGCCUCAAAGGGAAAUCCUCUAGAAGAAAAACGAAAAUUCACUAUUUUAGAAGAAGAAUACGUAGUGAUGAUGAUGAUAGAGGAAAGCCAAGUAAGAAGCAUAUCAAAUGCUGUGAGUGCAACAAGAUGGGGCAUUAUAGAAAUGAAUGCCCUCAAUUGAAGAAGGGUGAGAGGAAAGACAAGAAGAGCAUAAGAAGAAAGCUUUUGCCGUCGCUUGGAGUGAUGAUGAGACUACCUCAAUGGAAAGUGAAAGCUCCUUGGAGAAUGGUGUUGCAAAUCUUUGCUUCAUGGCUCAAGAGGAUAACUAUAAUGAUGAGGAGGUAAACUCUAACUUAUCUAGUUCAAUUAAUGAAAGUUCCUUUGAGUAUUCUUAUGAUAAUUUAUGCAAAAGUUCUUGAUUGCUCUAUGAAUGAUAUCCAUAAACAAGGGAAUGAGAAUCUUGCUCUUACUAAAACCAUUUCAUUGCU